AUGUCGAGAAAUGCGAUCUCAAGGCCUCUCAGCUCACUGAGACAAGAAUCAGUAAUCGAUUCUUAUUACAAUUCCUAUUUCAACAAUUCCCUAAUGGUUCCCAACCCUUCCAAUUCUUCCUUCAAACCAGAAUCAACUCCUCCUCGUCCAUGGAAACCUAUCUUCAUCGAAUACGUUCCCGAAGAGAAACUCAUCGUCAACACAGACUACAAUCAGCUUAUACGUUGUUGCAAUGAUUUGAAAUCUAUCCUUCAAAUCCAUGCACAACUACUAGUUUCAGGAUAUAAAUCAGAUUACUUAACAGAUACACAUUUAGUACAUAACUACUCAUUGUUUGGUAAACCUGAUUUCGCAAGAUUUGUAUUUAAUAAAAUGGAAAACCCAACUACCAUAUCAUAUAAUUCGAUGAUCAGAGGUUAUACAAGAAUGAAACAAUACAUAAAUGCUAUGUUAUUGUAUCAUAAAAUGUUGUUUAUGGGAGUAGAACCAGACAGGUAUACUUUUGUUAUUACUUUGAGAGAUUGUAUUGAAGCUUAUAAUGUAGACAUUGGGUUUCUUAUUCAUGAGGAAAUAGUAAAAAGUGUAUUUGAUUCUGAUGUUUUUGUUGUGAGUGCUCUGAUUGAGUUUUACUUCAGAAUGGGCAAAAUUGAUGCUGCAGAAAAAGUGUUUGAGAAUAUGCCUGAAACGGAUGUUGCUGUUUGUAAUGCAAUGAUUAAGGGGUAUUCACUUAGUGCGAAACCUUUGAGGCUCUGA